GCCAAGUUCCUUCCACAGCUGACCCAACGGACGGGAUCCAAAGAAAACAGAGCCUCGCCAGGACACUCGGCCUGCCGGAGGGGGAGAGGAAAACCCCCAAAGGAAAAGGCAAGGGCACCCGUGGGUCAUCAGGUGUCCCACAUCCAGUGGAAAAGAACCUGCAGGCAGGGGAGAAGCACAGAGGCCCUAAAGGCGUCAUUGAAAGGGGGGGGCAGCCUCCUCCUUGCUCUGCAGCUCUGACGAGUCCUGCAAGGUUGGGGCCCAGAAUCCAGAGGGGGGGUCUCCCUUCGAGGUGGCUCAAAGCCAGCCUCACCUUCAUGGCAGGAAUAAUGUCCAGGCUGGUGACUUUCCACACAGGUGCAGGACUGGGGAAGGCUUUCCUGCCGUUCUCUGAUUUCCCAAGUUCAGGGUUCGCCUUGGGGAGUUUCCUUCCCUGCCUCUGAAGGGUCAAGGUCAAAGGCCAGGAGCUCCUUAAAUCCUCUCUUGCUGCUGAGCAGACAGGAGGGCCGCAGGAAGCCAGACUCCACCGUGUUGACCAGGGGAGAGAAGUCGCCCUCUGACCCACUUGCCAGGAGGGCCCCCCUCCUCCCCUCUGUUCACCCCAGAGUUGCUCCUGCAAGUUGAAAGGCCUCUGGUGCUUGGCUUCUCUGAUGAGGGGGGGUGGUGUCACCUUGGAGUGGUCAUGUGAAGAGGCUGGGGGCACCUUGAGGAAGUGAGGGGCCCUCCACCUUCCUGUUCCCUUUCUCAGGGCUCCUUCACCUCAGCCAGAGUGCCCCCCAAAUCCCUCCCCUGAACGGGUUAGGGGAAAUGUCUGCACCUGUGGCUCCCCCCCUCCUUAUUGACCAAACACGAAGGGCAGCGAGUUGUGGGUCUGAGCCCAGCUCGCUGGAGUUGUCAGGCUAAAUAUUUUGAAGGUAACAGGUGAAAACAGCCCUUGGAACGCAUCCAGCCCCAGCAGAAGGCCAGCAGGGCUGGGGGGGGGGUUGUGCAUGAGGGAGGAAAGACGGCCGGCCCCACCCAGCCGCCUGCCACACCUGGGGCUCUGGACUGGCCAUGCCUCCAUUUUCCCAACCCUCUUGCUGUGGUGUGAACGUGCCGGAGGAUGGUUGUGGUCAGGGACAAGGACCCCCUGCCUCCCUGCUUCAGACCGGCGGUCCCACAGGCGGCAGGGCGCUCCUCUGUCUUGUGCCCCCCUGGCACCAAGCGAUAGUCCAGGGCUGCUGCCAGCUGAGAAGCCAGUGGGCUGCCCUGCCAUUUGAGACUUGCUUUCCCGCCAACGCUGGGCCGUUUAUGGACCAUGGAGGAGAAGGGGAGAAGGGGAGUCCCUGGUGCCCCCCUCUGGCCCACCUGGGGGGCCCUGCUCUUCCUCUGCCUGCUGUGGCUCGGCCCUGCACCAGCCUCUCCAGAAAUCUGCGAGAGCAUGGACAUCCGCGUGGAUCCCGCGCAGCUGCGCCGCCUGGAGAACUGCUCGGUCAUCGAGGGCAGCCUGCAGAUCCUGCUGAUGUUCACGGCCACCGCCGAGGACUUCCGCGCACUGGCCUUCCCGCGCCUGGUGCUCAUCACGGAGUACCUGCUGCUCUUCCGCGUCUACGGGCUGGAGAGCCUGCGCGACCUCUUCCCCAGCCUGGCCGUCAUCCGCGGGGCCAGCCUCUUCUUCAGCUACGCCCUGGUCAUCUUCGAGAUGCCGCACCUGCGCGACAUCGGCCUGCGCAGCCUGACCAACGUGCUCAACGGUUCGGUGAGGAUCGAGCGCAACCAGGAGCUCUGCCACAUCUCCACCAUUGACUGGGCGCUGCUGCAGCCGCCGCCCGCGCUCGAGCACAACAUCAUCCUGCACAACAAGCCGGCCGAGGAGUGCGCCGACGUCUGCCCGGGCAUCCUGGGCGGGGAGGAGCCCUGCGUGCAGACCCCCGCCGGCCUGGCCGGGCCCUUGGAGUACCGCUGCUGGACCUCCAGCAACUGCCAGAAAGUGUGCCCGUGCAAAGUUGGAGGUGCCGCUUGCACAAGCAAAGAUGAAUGCUGCCACCCCGAAUGUUUGGGGGGCUGCAGCCGUCCCGGGGACCCCCAGGCCUGCGUGGCCUGCCACCACUUCUACUUCAACGGGCGUUGCUUGAGCUCCUGCCCGGACCUCACCUACGAGUACGAGCGGUGGCGCUGCGUGACGGCGGAGCACUGUGGCAGCCUGCGGAAGGUCUCUGAAAACCUCCGGGACUCCUCCAGGUUCGUCAUCCACCAGAGGCAGUGCCUGGCCGAAUGUCCACCGGGCUACCAGAAGAACGAGAGCAGCCUCGUCUGCCACGAGUGCCAGGGGUUGUGCCCCAAGGAGUGUAAAGUGGGCACCAAAACCAUUGACUCCGCCCGGGCAGCCCGGGACUUGGCCGGCUGCACCCUCAUCGAGGGGAACCUGAUUGUGAACAUCCGUCAGGGCGAAAAUCUGGCCUCCACUUUGCAAAGCAGCCUUGGCCUGAUUGAGACCAUCACGGGGUUCCUGAAGAUCCGGCACUCCUUCGCUCUCAUCUCCCUGAGCUUCUUCAGGAACCUCAAACUGAUACGGGGGGACUCCAUGGUGGACGGGAACUACACCCUGUACGUGCUGGACAACCAGAACCUGCAGCAGCUGUGGGACUGGAGCCAGCACCGCCUGUCCAUCCCGGUGGGGAAGAUGUAUUUUGCCUUUAACCCCAAGCUGUGCCUCUCGGAGAUCUUUCGGACAGAGGAGGUCACGGGGACCAAGGGCCGGCAGAAUAAGGCGGAGAUCAACCCCCGGACGAACGGGGAUCAGGCCUCUUGCAAGACCCAAACUCUCCGCUUUGUGUCCAACACCACCGAGUCGGACCGCCUCGUCCUCAAGUGGGAACGUUGCCAGUCUCCGGAGUCCCCAGACCUCCUCAGCUUCAUUGUCUACUACAAGGAAUCCCCCGUCCAGGACGAGACCGAGUAUGUCGGGCAGGACACCUGCGGGGCCAACAGCUGGAACGUGCUGGAUGUGGAGCUGCCCCUGAGCCACGACCAGGAGCCGGGCGUCACUCUGCAGAACCUGAAGCCGUGGACGCAGUACGCCAUUUUCGUGAGGGCCAUCACCCUCACCACCGCCGAGGAGAGGCGCAACUUCGGGGCCCAGAGCCAGGUGGUCUACAUCCGUACCCUGCCUGCAGUGCCCACAGUGCCCAGGGAUGUCAUCUCCAUGUCCAACUCUUCCUCCCACCUGAUCGUCCGCUGGAAGCCGCCCUCCCAGCCCAACGGCAACCUCAGCUACUACCUCGUGCUGUGGCAGCAACUGGCGGAGGACUCCGAGCUCUUCCGCAACGACUAUUGCCACAAAGGACUCCGCCUGCCCACCAGCAGCGCAGACACCCGCUUCGACACCAGUGACGGUGAGGAGCACGAGGACACAGACGAACAGUGCUGCCCCUGCCACAGCCCCGUCGGGCAGACCCAGCCCAGAGUGGAAACUGUGUCUUUCCAGAAGAAGUUUGAAAACUUCCUCCACAAUUCCAUCAUCCUGCCCAGACCCCCUUGGAAAGUCACCUCCAUCGACAAGAUUUCUUCUUACCGGACCCCCAAAAAGCGCAGAGACACCUUUGCCGUGACCGUGGAGAGCCAGGCCCAUCCCAACACCUCCUGGCCUACCCCAGGGAGCCCCAGCGAUGCAGCCACAGCCCACCGGGACGAGCUGGACUCUAGUAUGGAGAAGGACUUCCGCCUCUUUGAGGAUAAAGUCGUUCGGGAGCGGACAGUCAUCUCCAACCUGCGCCAUUUUACCGAGUACCGGAUUGAUAUUCACGCCUGCAAUCACGCAGCGCAGACCGUGGGGUGCAGCGCCGCAACCUUCGUCUUUGCUCGGACGAUGCCCGAAGCUCAAGCCGACAACAUCCCCGGGAACCUGACCUGGGAGCCGGCCAGCAAGAACAGCGUCCUUCUCCGCUGGCAGGAGCCGGAGAACCCCAACGGCCUCAUCCUCAAGUACGAGAUCAAGUACAGCCGGGAGAGCGAGAAAGUCAUCUCGGUGGUCUGUGUCUCCCGCCAUCGCUAUGCCCGCUACGGGGGCUUCCACCUCGCCCUCCUCCAGCCUGGGAAUUACUCUGCGAGGGUCCGGGCCACCUCCCUGGCAGGAAACGGCUCCUGGACCGGCUUGAUGACCUUCUACAUCCUCGGGGGAGAGGAAGAGGAAUCUGGAAAUUUCUAUGUGUUCCUGACGCUCACCCCGGUGGUUCUGAUGCUCGGCAUCACCUGCCUGGCCGUCUUCGUUUUCUUAUACAACAAGAAAAGGAGGACCGAAGGGUACCCCAGUGGCACGCUCUAUGCCUCAGUCAACCCCGAAUACUUUAGUGCCUCCAACAUGUAUGUCCCCGAUGAGUGGGAGGUAUCCCGGGAACGGAUCACCAUCCUGCGAGAGCUGGGCCAGGGAUCCUUUGGGAUGGUCUACGAGGGGAUCGCCAAGGACCUGGAGCAGGCGGGCGAGGAGACCCGGGUGGCGCUGAAGACCGUCAAUGAGCUGGCCUCCAUGCGGGAGCGCAUUGAGUUCCUGAACGAGGCCUCCGUCAUGAAAGCCUUUCGCUGUCACCACGUGGUUCGCCUCCUCGGGGUGGUGUCCCAAGGCCAGCCGGCUGUGGUCAUCAUGGAGCUGAUGACGAGGGGAGAUUUGAAAAGCUACCUGCGCUCCCUCCGCCCGGAAGCCGAGAAUAACCCGGGUUUGCCUCCCCCGUCGCUGAAGGACAUGAUCCAAAUGGCCGGAGAGAUUGCCGAUGGCAUGGCCUACCUCAAUGCCAAGAAGUUUGUCCACAGAGACCUGGCGGCCCGCAACUGCAUGGUGUCCGAGGACUUCACUGUGAAGAUUGGAGAUUUUGGGAUGACCAGGGACAUCUACGAGACAGACUAUUACCGCAAAGGGGGGAAAGGCCUGCUGCCAGUCCGCUGGAUGUCCCCCCAAGCCCUGAAGGAUGGGAUCUUCAAUACUCAGUCAGACAUCUGGUCCUUCGGCGUGGUGCUGUGGGAGAUCGCCACCCUGGCAGAGCAGCCCUACCAGGGCAUGUCCAACGAGCAGGUGCUCCAUUUUGUGAUGGACAAUGGGGUCCUGGAGAGGCCCGAGGACUGUCCCGACAAGCUACACGACCUGAUGACUUGGUGCUGGCAGCAGAACCCGCGUCUGCGCCCGUCUUUCGUCCAGAUUCUGCAGAGCAUCCAGGAGGACAUGAGUGCCGGCUUCCGUGCUCACGCCUUCUACCACAGCCUGGAGAACAAGCGCAGCAGCUCUGGGGGCGCUCUGGACCUUGACACAGACAAACUGCUGGAGGAGGAGGAAGAGGAGGAGCCCAGGCCAGCGGCCCCAGCCCUGGUGCCCCGUGGCAGCAGCCCCCAGCCCCUCUUCGGCCCUGGCCAGCCCAAGGACUGUUGCCCUCCCAGCAGGAAGAAGGCAGGCCUCUGAGGCUGGGCCAGCUUGGCAGCGAGGAGGGUUGCCAGGUUGGAGGGGGGGCUGUUUUCAGAAGCAAGGCAGAGAAUACCGGCACCCCAAAGUUUUUAUUCAGCUGUUCAAGGGACCCCAAAGAGCAGGAGCC